CAACAAAGAGAUCUGGAGGUUCGUUUGGGUCCAGUUCGGUGGAAAGAGGUGGCCGCGACGGGCUGCAGGGCGUUUUCAGCUGAUCGGCGGCCAUGUCUCUGAGCUCUCCUCCUCCGAUUCUCUCCAUCCGGCCCUCGCGGGCGCUGGUGGACGAGGCGUUCGAGGUCCUGGUGGAGAAUCUGCCCCCGGUGUCGCCGUUCACGCUGCGCUCGCUGCACCACUCUGAGGACGGGGACGACUGGGAGGCGUACGGCCACUACUUCAGCGACCACAGCGGGAGAGUGUCAGUUUCGGAGGAUCUGAGUUUUGGAGGAACGUACUCUGGGAUGGAGCCCAUGGGUUUGAUUUGGAGCAUGCGUCCAGUUCCAGGCAGCCGCACCGGACUCAGGUUGAGGAAGAAGGACGUCACCACCCCCAUGCUGAUCACCAUCUCCCUGUACAAUGGACAUGAGGACUUCAGGGACAGCAGCCCUCUGGUUUCCAUGGUAACGGAGAGGUGGUACAUGGGCCCAGGCAUCCAGAGGAUCGAAAUCACUGAUGGAGGAUUACGAGGGGGUCUCUUUAUACCCCCAGGUCCAGGACCGUUCCCUGGGAUUCUGGACCUGUGGGGAGGCGGAGGAGGGCUGCUGGAGUAUCGCUCCGCCCUGCUGGCCUCGCGCGGUUACGUCUGUCUGGCCCUGGAGUAUUUCAAAACGGGCCAGAUGAAGUCAACAGAUAUGAGCUUUGAAUACUUUGAGAACGCCUACCAUGUCCUGAAGGACCAUCCUCUGGUCAUCCCGGACCGAGUUGGGAUCAUCAGUCUCUGCCUCGGCACCAUCGUGACCCUCAGCUUGGUGGCAGAAAGCACAGAGAUCAAGCCCUGUUGCGUCGUUUGCAUCAGCAACGUCAUCAGCAAAUCACCAGGGAAAACCCUCAGCGGGUUCCACCGAAGCAUUCCCAGCGAGUUCAAUAAGAUACGUGUGGACGAGAACAACCAUCAGAUCUGGAGGGACGUGGGGCUGGCGCUGCUGAAGGAACCGUCCAUGAAGGUGGACGUGGCCAAAAUAAACUGUCCUCUGCUGCUGGUCAACGGAUGUGAUGAUCAGAACUGGUGUGCGGUGGAAACGGCCGAUGAUAUUUCCAAGACGAUGAACGCAGCGGGGAAGGGUCACCUGCUGACCCGGCUGGACUACCCUGAGACCGGACAUCUGAUCGAGCCGCCGUUCUCGCCUCACUGCCGCGCCGGAAACUUCAUGCUGUACAGCUCCAACCAGAAAGUGAUCCAAUGCUACGGAGGGAAAACGAAGCCGCACAGCGACGCUCAGGACGACUCCUGGAGGAAGAUCCUCUGCUUCCUGCGCCACCAUCUUUACUGCAGCCAGAAAGCCAAGAUGUGACGCGCCGACAGGUUCUCACCUCAGCAGGGUUUUACGGUUCUCCACACGUUUUCUUUGGUCAAAAUAAACAUUUUCAGAGCAAAAAUACAAAUUUACAGAGAAUAAAGUCUGAAAAUUUAUUCUAAAAUUUCCAGCUUUUAUUUCAAUAAACAAGUCAAAUUAAAUUUGACUGAAAUAAUUUACAACUUUAUGUACUUUUAUAUUAAAAUCUGUUUAACUUUGUAUCCUGUGAUAAUCUUACAACAUGCCACAAACUGGGUUUGUUGUUUGUUUAUUAUUGUUAAAAAUUAAUAAUGUUUAUAUAUUUUUGUCAAAUCUUCUUCUGAUGUCGGUUUAAAUUGAAGUUUGACUUUCAUGUAGAAACUGAAAAUCAAAAGGUUUAAAAUUUAUUGCAGCUUUACAUAAAAAAUAAACUUCUGUUAGUUUUGAUGAUCACAGCUUGUAUCCAAUAUUUCAUUUUAUAAAGAUAUUUUCCUUCCACUAAACUUUUAGCCUUCUUAUCAGUAACCUUUUGUAUCUGUCAGUGUUGAUGAAUUUAAUAUUUCUGUACUAUAAUUCUAAUGUAUGAGCAACUAAACUUUGUUUUUUUGUAAAUUGAUCAUUAAAUAAACCUAACAGAUCUACUGUUGAGAUAAAAAUGUCGAUUCUUAUUUUUAUGUAUUUUGUUGUUUUAUUGUCUGAAUGAACUCAUUAAAACAAUUUU